AUGCAGAAUCUACUCUUGAGAUUAGGACAUUUCCCCGAAGGCGCAGAAAAAUUACAAAUAAAACAACGAACGGUUUCUAAUCAGUUCCAAAAUGAGCAUCCAUUAAAGGAUCUAAUUGAAACAUUUGAAGCAAGUGAUUAUUGGAAACAUAGUCAUUGGCAAAUCAAUUAUGACCUUAUCGAUGUUGACUGGUAUCAUUUUUAUACAAUACCAUUUGCAUUUACACAUUUAUGGAGUCUUAAAAUGAAUGAGAAAAAGAUAUAUUCUAAUUUUUCAUCAAAUGUUCGAAGUGUUACAAUCACACACCCUCAAGAAAUGUACAAAACGUCGUUUCUUAAGAAAUUGAAACAUGUUCACAUCAAAAUUGGGCGUAGUGGUUCGAAUAAAUUAUUUAUUGAACCGGAAAGAGAUUUUUCGGUUACGACAAGAAGUGCAACAAUCGAAACAAAUGAUGUUAUUUUCUCAUUUGAGAAAACACUGCAGUUAAUUAUCAAUUCUUGUGAUAUUAAUAAUCUUCAACAUUUUGUCGCAAGUGGUACGAGUCUUUCACACCUAUUUCGAAAUGAGUCGUGCAUCAGUUCAUCACUGAUCGAUUUAUUUAAAAAUGUAAAACAAUUAAAGUUAUUGGGCAGUGAUUUAAAAAUGAUCGAUAUUUCUCGAUAUUUUCGUAAACUUCAAACUUUAAUACUGGUUAAACAGCAAUUUAAAGCAUUUGAAUUUGACUUAAAUAACGAAAUGACUGUUCUCGCAAGAGACAUGAAACAGUUAAUUUAUCUGGAUAUAUGUUCUGCUAUACAUGUUUUAUAUGUCACUGUUCUGGAUUUCAAUCCUAAUUACGAUCGUUCAAUCAUCGAACAUAUAAUGGUUAAACAUAACCGUUUGCCAUAUCACUUAGAAAUUCAAGCAGAACGAAUAAGAUUGCAGCUGGCUUAA